UUGGGAUAAGGUAGGGACCAAAGACCAACCCCUUCUUUUAUCAGGUGUGACAUUUCAGCUUUGUUUUCAUAUCUUCCAAGCUUAGAUUUUUUCUUUAUCCAUUUCAAAAAUGGCUACCUUCUUUGGUUCUCCUCCAUUUUUAUCACCCCCUCUGGCUAGAACCCAUCACCUCUCUUCAUCACCACAGCCUCCUCCUCCUUCUCCUCCAACUCCCCCUUCACAACCUCAAUCUCCAUCUCCCCAGCUGAGUACAUCAUCGUCCGAGGAGCAGCUAUCGCCUGCGUCGGUUCAGGUGCAGCAGCAAAAGCCUACUAAGCGCACAACUGUUGAAACCACAGACUGGAUAGCUUCCUCCUUAACCCGGCGGUUCGGGCUCGGCGCUGGCCUUGCUUGGGCUGCAUUUCUUGCUGUUGGCGUCAUCUCUGAACAGGUCAAGACUCGCCUGGAGGUCUCCCAACAAGAAGCAAACACAAGAGACGUUGGGAAGGAAGAAGAGGUUGUGUUGCCUAAUGGAGUGAGGUACUACGAGCUGAGAGUCGGUGGCGGGGCUUCGCCAAGAACAGGAGACCUUGUCGUGAUCGAGCUGAAGGGAAAAGUAGAAGAAAGUGGGCAAGUGUUUGUUGACACAUUUGGCGGAGACAAGAAGCCUUUGGCGCUGGUUAUGGGUUCCAGGCCUUACAGUAAAGGUCUGUGUGAAGGAGUGGAGUACGUUUUAAGGUCCAUGAAGGCGGGAGGUAGGAGGAGAGUCAUUGUCCCUCCUAGUCUUGGGUUUGGAGAAAAAGGUGCAGAUUUGGGCUCUGGAAUUCAGAUUCCACCAUUUGCCACUCUCGAGUAUAUUGUUGAAAUUGACAGAGUCUCCAUUGCACCUGCUUGAAUUUUUCUUUGUUGCUUUUUAAAGAUUUUUGAGCAAAUGGUAAUCAGGAUAAGCUGAAACGAAAUUGAUGUGUAUAUUAUUAGUAUAUGUUGCCAAAUUUUAUCAA